AUGGCAUCUUCAGUUACAGACCGUGUCAAGAACCUAGGAGAGUCCGUCGUCGAAUCUGUCACAGCCAUGACUGAGAACAAGAAGGUCGCCGACCUCCAGCGGAACAUCAAGGAUUCCCACAGCAAGCAGCACAACACCACCGACUAUGGAAUCAAGAUCUCUGAUCUCGACCACUGGCUCAAGCCGGUGGACGAGAAGAACAACACCAUCGGGCCUCAUGCGCUUGAGGACCAGAUUGCCAGAGAACGGAUUAUGCGUUUCGACCAUGAGCGAAUCCCAGAACGAGUUGUGCAUGCCCGAGGUGCAGCGGCACACGGAACUUUCAAGCUGUAUGAGAGCGCUGAGGAUGUCACCUCUGCUCCCGUGUUGACGGACACUUCUCGCACCACGCCCGUCUUUGUUCGUUUCUCGACUGUCCAAGGCAGCCGAGGCAGUGCGGACUCUGUUAGGGAUGUCCGAGGUUUCGCUGUCAAGUUCUACACUGAUGAGGGCAAUUGGGAUAUUGUCGGCAAUGACAUUCCCGUAUUCUUCAUCCAAGAGUCCAUCAAAUUUCCAGACUUGAUCCAUGCAGUCAAGCCAGAGCCAGACAACGAGGUGCCUCAGGGGCAAACAGCCCACAACAAUUUCUGGGAUUUCGUCUACUUGCACAAGGAGGCUACUCACAUGUUCCUCUGGGCCAUGUCGGACCGUGGCAUUCCUAGAUCCUACCGCAUGAUGCAAGGGUUCGGUGUCAACACUUUCUGCUUGAUCAAUGCCAAAGGUGAACGACAUUUCUGCAAGUUCAUCUGGACCCCCGAGCUCGGUGUCCACUCACUAGUCUGGGAUGAGGCUCUCAAGCUGGCUGGCCAAGAUCCUGACUUCCACCGCAAGGAUCUUUACGAAGCCAUCGACAACAAGGCUUACCCGAAGUGGAAAUUCGGCCUCCAGGUCAUUGCCGAGAAGGACGAGCACAAAUUCGAUUUCGAUAUCCUAGACUCCACCAAGGUCUGGCCUGAAGAGCUGGUGCCGAUCCGCUAUAUUGGCGAGAUGGAACUCAACCGCAACGUCGACGAGUACUUCACCGAGACCGAACAAGUUGCCUUCUGCACCAGUCAUAUCGUCCCGGGCAUCGACUUCUCCAAUGACCCCCUGCUACAGGGCCGCAACUUCUCUUACUUUGACACGCAGCUCUCUCGUCUCGGGAUCAACUGGCAGGAACUCCCCAUCAAUCGUCCGGUUUGCCCAGUCAUGAACUUCAACCGUGAUGGGCAGGGACGCCAUACCAUCACCAAGGGCAAGAUCAACUACUGGCCGAACCGUUAUGAAGCCAAUCCCCCGACGGGCCAUGGAGGUGGAGGGUUUGAAUCGUACCCUUCGCAAGAUCUAGGCAUGAAACAGCGGAAGUUGGCACCCAAGUGGACGGAUUAUCUUUCUCAGGCUCAGCUGUUCUGGAAUUCCAUGACGCCGAUCGAGAAGGUGCACAUCAUCAACGCCUUCUCUUUCGAACUUGACCAUUGUGAUGACCCCAUCGUCUACGAACGUCUGGUCAGCCGUCUUACCGAGAUUGAUCUAUCCUUGGCAACCGCCGUUGCCGAGAAGGCCGGCGCCCCAACCCCGACCAAGCAGACUGUGGCGAACCCUGGUAACAAGGCCAAGGGUCUGAGUCAGCUGGAAUAUAUGCCAGAAACACCAACCAUCAAAUCCAGACGUAUCGCCAUUCUGAUCGCUGAUGGGUAUGAUGCAGUCAGCUAUGACGCGAUCAAGGCGGCUAUCUUGGGCCAACUGGCUCUACCAUUCACCAUUUCGACCAAGCGCCAGGAAGUCAAGGCCUCAAACGGCACAUCAUCUACUAAGCCCGACCACUUCCUGAAUGGUCAGCGGUCCACUAUGUUCGAUGCAAUCUUCGUACCUGGUGGCGAACAAUCAAUCAAGACGCUCAUGAGCCUUGGUCUGGCCAGAUUCUGGGUCCGCGAGGCAUUUGCACACUUGAAGCCCAUUGCAGCCAGCGGCGAGGGUGUGAAGCUUGUUGAUGCUGCUCUCAGCGAGGUAGAGGGCGCCAAAUUAGCCACCGCAGGCUCCACCGACAUUGUUGAUUGGUAUGGUGUUGUUACGGCUCAGAAGCCAGACACGGGGUCUGCUGUCAAGGAUAGCAUCAAGCUUGUCAAGGAUGCCGCAGACUUUACCAGCAAGUUCUUCUGGCACAUUUCUCAACACAGAAACUGGGAUCGAGAACUGGAUGGACUUGCUGAUCAAGUUUCUGCAUGA